AUGCAAGAGCAGCAAUACCAACUUCACCACAUUCCAUUGAUGCAAUCAAGAACAUGUGGAGAGUCCAAGAGGAGAGAAGAUGAUUGGGCACUUGUAACCUUUGUUGGAGAACAAAAUCAAGACCCAAGAAAGUGUAAGAAGGCAAUGGAGAAGGUGAACAUCGAGCCAUGUGUGAAGAUGGACACCCAAACCCUUGAUCUUCUCAAGAUAAGAGAUGAUGUCACAUGGUACAUAAGGAAGCUAGGCUUGAGCAAGCUCUUCAAGCUAGAAUGUAGUGAGUACUCACAACUCACCAAGGAGUUCCUCUCCACAGUAGCUCUUGCCUUUCCCAACCACAAUGGAGACCAACCAGCUGGUGAUGGACUCCUACUCUUCAAGAUAGGCGAUGCCAAUGGGCGCAUCUCCAUCUCAGCUCUAUGCCAACUCUUUGGACUUCCCAAUGAGACAGCACAUGACUUCAAGGAGAACUCAAAGAGGAAACAAGCUGCCUUUGCUGAUUGGACACACUUUGCCAAUGAACCAUUCUUGCCUUCAAGGUCAAAGGUGUCUAGAAUCACUCAUCCAGCCAUUCGCUAUGUGCACCGCCUCAUCUCCACCACUUUCCAAUGCAAACAAGAAGCCAACAAGGUCACAACUGAUGAGUUCUACAUCCUCACCACACCAUUCAUCAAGCAUGAGUACAAGGCCAACCUUGGACUUUUACUUGCCAAGACAUUCAUCAAUGUGAGGAAGCUAGCUAAAGACUUGGAAGGCAACAAGAAGCUUUGUGUUCGUUUUGGGAGGCUUAUCACGGCCAUAGUACUGCAUGUGGGGAUUGACAUUCCCAACUAUGAGCCACUACCCAAGCCAACCCCUUUGGAUCUCCAUGCUCUUCAGCACAUCCACUUCCUAAACCGUUGGACUAAAGACCCAACUCGGUUUUGCUAUGAGUUUCCAAUUGGUCCAGCCAACACUUCCCUUGUCUUGCUGCCACAUGAGACAUCCCAAGCCUACGCUCAGGAGUUGUCACUUUCCAGCCCAAUGAGGAAGAUUCUAUGUUCCAUCAAGUGA